UGAAGUGUUGACUGUGGUUCAUAGGGCAACAAACAGCAGCGUACGCCGCCGGGGACAUCAAUGGUGGAGUACGCGUCUAUUCAGGGAAAGGUCUGAGAGAGACCACUACUGGGGCUUACAUGGAGAGCUGAAAGUGAAUAUGAGGCUAACGUCCUUAAUUAUGUACAUAUAUCCGGCUCUGCUAUUUAUUUUGUAUGUAUAUAUUGGAUUUUCUGAAGCUGCACCUCGCAUCAGUCCCUACGAUGCGUCGCCUAUCUCCAGGAAGCCCGGCUCAGCCUCCGACACCUGGGAGACCUUCUUCACCGACAUGCCUCAUUCUGUACCCGAGAGCAGCCUGGCACUCGGGCCUCUAGCCGGCCUCAACCCGCAGCCUGCUAUUGUUUCUGCCGGCCCGACCACCACAACCAGUUCUAUUUCGAAAACGGCAUACACCUUUCAGCCUCCAACAGCGGACCGGACCAUCACCACUCCUUCUACUCCCGCCCCUGAUACUGGAAUAAUCAUAGCCACAAAAGAACAGUUAACUGCGCCGAUUUCCAGAUUAAACGGCGCAAGCAAAAGAUCCACCGAUGCACAAGCCUCACUUUUCUCUGCAGAGAAAAGGCUGCAGACCAUGGUGUCCAUGGUUUCCCAGCGCACAGCCAACGAUGCCUGGGCAGCAGAUAAUAUUGGCACAUCUGUUACCUCAAUAGAGAAUAGUCAAGAGAGUGUGUGUAACUGCAGCAGUGGUGCUGAGGGGGUUCGGGAUCCGGACGACUGUGAUCACAACACGGGUCAGUGUUGGUGCCUGUCGGGCUACACUGGUCUGCAGUGUGAGGACUGUGAGGAGGGGCACUACACCAACGGCACCAGCGGCUGCAUGCCCUGCGCCUGCGACUCCUCCGGGGCCGUGAACAGCCUCUGUGACAGCUCAGGGAUAUGUGUGUGCAAGACCGGAGUGUAUGGACCAAAAUGUGACGAAUGCCACCCGGGGUUCUUCUACUUCAGCAGCACUGGCUGCCGGCCCUGCCAGUGUCAGAACCACACCAACUCCUGCCACCCACAGUCGGGAGUGUGCCUGAACUGCGAGGGCAACACCCAGGGAUCCAACUGUGAGGAGUGUAAGCCCGGGUUCUACCGCAGCCCGGGGGCUGACCCCCCCCAGGCCUGUGCACCCUGUCCCUGCUCCAACUCCACCUCCACCGGCACCUGUCAACCCG